GAACCAGAUAACAAUACCCGAAACGUGUCCAAUUCUAGACCACUCUUACAACAUUAGCCCUAGAAACCUCUAAAUAUCUCAAUCUUUGAUCAAAGAAUCAAAAAAAUAAAAACCACCCAUUUCUCCAAUCAUCCUUCCAUUUUGGGGCAUCCAAGAAAAAUGUUGGAUUGGGUUAAGCUAGUUGUGAUUCUGAUCAACUACUUCGUCCACCAUUCUUGGACCAUCAGCACUACUUCAACAACCUCAAUCAAUGCUAAGAAUCAUCAUGUGCAGCAGCUUGGUCUGUUUCCUCCGACCUGCGAACGGAUCGAGUGUCCCACCUAUGACCUGAUCGAAGCUGGCAAAGACUACGAAAUUCGUCGCUAUAAUUCGUCGAUGUGGAUGUCUACCGCUCCCAUUGAUGAUAUCUCCCUUGUUCAAGCCACAAGAACCGGCUUCCUUCGUUUGUUUGAUUACAUUUCAGGAGAGAACUAUUACAAUGAGAAAAUAGAGAUGACAGCGCCAGUAUUGACGGAAGUGAAGCCCAGCGAUGGACCGUUUUGUGCAUCAUCGUUCGUGGUGAGCUUCUACGUUCCGAAGGCGAACCAGGCAAAUCCGCCGCCGGCGCAAUCCCUGCACGCGCAGAAAUGGGGGGAAACGUACGUGGCCGUGAGGCAAUUCGGAGGUUUUGUGUCGGAUUCCGAUGUGGGGAAGGAAGCGGCGGCGCUGAGUGGUAGCCUGCAAGGGACGGUGUGGCUGGACGCCAUCAUGAAAAGCCACGGCGGAGAAAACGCCACCAUGUACGCGGUGGCGCAGUACAACUCCCCGUUUGAGUUCGAGGGCAGAGUUAACGAGGUUUGGUUCACGUUUGAUCUGUACGAUGAUGCUGCUGCUAAAUCUGUAUAUAUGCGGCUUUAAUUUUCAUAUAAUGUUGUUACUGUU